UCAAACUUAUUUAAGUAAUUAAGCGCGAAAUUUUUAUUGGAAAAGUAAGCCUAAUCUGAUUUUACGAUAAUUCAGAAUUAGAAUAUAGUUAAUAACGUUUUUUAAUUUAUUUUUUUUUUUGGUAUUACGAAAAAUUAGUUUACUACCAAUAAGUUUUGAAAGAUUUUCUUUAUGAACUUCACUACAAAAUUUCCUAAACAAGAAUGUUUGUGUUUAUUAAUGUUUUUUUUAAAAGCAUUGUUGCCACAUUUGCAUGGUAACUCCCAACGAUUAUUUGGUUCAAAGUUUUUUUGUUUGUGUCGCGAGAAAAAAAAUAAUUCCCCCCAAGUUCCAAAACUUGAGAUUCUGCAUAUAUUUUUAUUUCAUCAAGCUUUUUACUCCUCUCGUCAUGUAUUGAAACUUUGAAAAAUCGAGAUCUUUAAAAACGAUUUUUAACCUUUCAUUCUCCAAUUUUUUUUUCUUACCACUUUUUUUUUAGAUUAACACUUAACGCUGCUAGACUUGCGUAUGGUUGCUAAUAAAAAAGUUUUUCUUUUUAUAAAGAAAAAAAAGUUUCCAUACAC